AUGCGCAAAACAUGGGUUAAACGCGAAAACAUCUACUACAAGCCAUUUUACAAACAAAAGUCUAAAAUGAUACUACUACUGAUCAUUUUAGUUGGCAUAUCAUUUAUAAUAUAUCAGGCUAGCUCUAUCAAUGAAUUGCCAAAUGUAAAUGCCAAGUGGAAUUUACAGCAUCUGAAGCAGAAGCAUAAACAGAUGAUGCAGGCGCUUGGAAGCAAACAGGAUUACGACUUUGGAGACGCGGAAGCUGCGAUUGCUGACAGUACGGGAGCGGCGGCUGAGCAGCCAAUUAAAAUAAUACGCGGUACCCGCCUCUUUGACUACGAUGCGUACAAGCCCAAUUUCGAUGGCAAGUUCUCCUGCUUGGACGGAAGUAAGGAAAUCCCCUUCGACCAAAUGAAUGACAAUUAUUGCGAUUGUCUGACAGAUGGCUCCGACGAGCCCAGCACCAAUGCCUGCGCCAACGGACGCUUCUAUUGUAAAUACCAAAAACGUCACAUAACCGGACGCGGACUCGACAUCUAUGUGCCGAGCAGUCGCGUCAACGACAAAGUCUGUGAUUGCUGCGAUGGCAGCGAUGAGUGGACAACGCCUGGCAUCCAAUGCCCAAAUAAAUGUGCGUAGUAAACAGGAAUUACCUUAGGUAGCUUUACAAACAGGGAACCACCCAUUUCUCAAUCGCAAACUGAACGGAAUGCACUCCAUUUUAAUGAAUUGCAACAAUUACGAAGUCUGUCUCUCGCAUUACCAGCGAGAGUUUGUAGUAAUGUUUUGCCUCGAAUUGCGAUAAAAUUGUAAUUUAUUCUAAAACAAAAGACAUUUAACAACCUAAGUAGUUCAAAUAAAGCAUAAUACGUAAGCACUAA